GGCGCGGCGGGGCGCGGGCAGGUGCGAUGGCGGCGGGGGGCGCAGCGGACGCCCAGGCGCGUUUCGGCCACUCGGUGAAGGGGCUUCUGACCGAGAAGGUGACGAGCUGCGGCACCGACGUGAUCGCGCUCACCAAACAGGUGCUGAAGGGCUCCCGUAGCGCCGAGCUCCUGGGUCAAGCUGCUAGAAACAUGGUGAUGCAAGAGGAUGCCAUCCUGCACUCAGAAGAUAGUUUAAGGAAAAUGGCCAUAAUAACUACUCAUCUGCAGUACCAGCAAGAAGCAAUUCAGAAGAAUGUUGAACAGUCAUCAAACUUACAGGACCAGCUGAGUCACUUGCUGAAAUGAAGCAUAUCAGAAGGCACAUGGACAUCUCAACUGGCACUGAGGGCAGCAAAGUGUCUUUUUCCCUCCAGACCCUGAGAUUCAGACCUAUGUCUGGAUGGUGCUGAAUGUCAGCUGGGAUAUCAGCAGAUUCUGUGUUUCUGGGCAUGUGGGCCCCUCUCCUGUGCCUCCAUCCACAUUUCCGUUCCAGAAUGCUUGUCUGCUCACCAGCUCCUAACAAAUUUACUUGAAACGUUGCUCCAUCUGACAAUUCCUGUGUCCACUUUCCUCCCAUGCACCAUGAGGUACUCAGCCCACACCAGCACCCCAUGAAAGAAAUGCAUGAAGUCUAGCCAUGGGUUCUAAAUGCAGGUGCCUGCAGUUUGACACUGGUCUGUAUUUAGACACAGAUGACACAGAAUACAAUUUAGGGCAUGUUAAUCAGUGAGAUCUGUAAGUGCCUGGGUGGGUAAGAGAAGUGCUUCAGUGUAGACUGAGGUGCCAGUCCAAGCCCAGAAUUUCUGAAGAGAUGAGUCUGGGCACACAGCCCUGUCGCUGGCCCAGCUGAACAUGGUUUGGCCAGCAUCCUGCUUGGAGGUUAUCUUGUUUUCCACUCCACCAGACUCUGGAAUUCCAUCCCCCUUGACAACCCAUCUGCAUGGCCCUCGGCCUUCAGCUGCAUUCCUCUUCCUGGGCUGCUGCUCCAGCUCUUGGUGAAGCAGCCUUGGCUGUGGUGUAUGCUUGUAUCUGGUUGGGAAAAUCUCCAAAGACAUGACUAGGAAGCAGGUAGGAGAGCAUCAUAAGCUGUUGUGCUUAGUUCUGCACUACCUGGUUUUGGGGGUCUAGCAACAGGGCUCCUGCUCACAUCCCAGGGAGUGACAUCAGGCCCAGAUAAUUAAAUGCUGGGUUUUGUUUUGGUAAAUUAUUUAUCUGGAGCACUUAGAGCACAUGGGAAGCACUUGUUUGCUUGAGUGUGCUUUUCAUCAGCUGAUAGCAGAAGGCAGGCCAGAAGCAGGCAUUGGCCUGUCACAUUCCUGCUGGAGCACUGCUGGAGUUUGGCUCCUGUGCUGUAGAGCCUCCUCUGUUGCAUUUCACCAUCCAUUCCAGUGCCACUACCUGUUUGGGUUUCAUCUGCUGUAGCACACCACUCCUGCAUCCCCACUGUUAGCCCCGGGCCAUGGGGGUGUUUCUGCUUUGGGAGGGGUCCUGGUCCCCAGCCUUGCUGGUAUACUUUGGGAAUGGGGGUUUUCCCUGAGUUGCUAGAGAAUCUGCAACUGAGAAUAAAAGCUGCCCUCACCACCACCA